AUGGCCCCAUCUCCUUGUAUUAUGAUGAAUCCUGUGCAGGGGUCGCCGUCCCAAGACGCCAAACAGCUUCAUCAAAAAGGGGAGACGGAUACGGAGAGCGAUGAAGUUCAGCCUAAAGACAUGACGACGGAGAAAGGAUACAAACUUCAGCGGAGCAGCCUUCCCUUCAGCGUCGAGUCGCUGAUUUCCAAGAAGACCACCUGUCGGACUUCUUAUUCUCCCUCAGAUUUAUCUCUGGUCCUACCGAAGCCCGUGGCAGGGCAGGGCGGGCAGUUCUCUCCAAGGACUUUUUACGCGGAGAGGAAGGCUUCGGCAGAGAGCUCGCAGAGUGUUUCCAGUAGUUCCAGCGAGGACAGUCCGCAGUUUUGUGAGAAAGAUCAGAGCACUUGGUUCCAGACGCCUUCCUUUUCUACUCCUCCUCGUAAUUCAAGUCCAACUCAGUGUACUUUAAGGAAACACAAAAACAACAGGAAACCUCGCACGCCCUUCACUACCUCCCAGCUGCUGGCUCUGGAGCGCAAGUUUCGCCAGAAGCAGUACCUCUCCAUCGCCGAGAGAGCCGAGUUCUCCAACUCUCUCAACCUGACGGAGACUCAGGUCAAAAUUUGGUUCCAAAAUAGGAGGGCAAAAGCCAAGAGACUGCAAGAGGCCGAACUGGAAAAGUUUAAACUGGCCUCAAAGCCCGUCCUGCCUGCUUUCGCGCUGCCGUUUCCCCUCGGAGCGCACAUGGGGUCUCCAACAUGGGGCCCGUCAAACGCCUUCCCGCGGCCCAGUCUGCCGGUACCCGGACUGUUCAGUGGACCUGUCACUUAUGGAAUGUACUAUUUGUCUUAG